AUGGCCACUAGGUGGUAGCCUUUACUUUUUACCACCAGAGCCUUUUACAUAAGGCUGUUGCUUUCCUGGGGGAGUAAAUAUCAGGGACUUUUUAAUUCAGCCCCAUGCUGACAGUGGCUAUUAUAGUGUUUUGCUGUAACAGUGAGAUGAGAAGAAAUGUUCAGACCACCAAUUAUCACCACCUCUGAUGGUCGGUACACUAUUGAAGCUACACAUUGAUUUAAGCCGUUCACAUGUAUUUAAUCUCUGCAGUGAUGUGCUGAAGUGACAGAACCUGGCCUCUGGGUUUGGUGAGGACUAGUAGUAAACACAUGGCAGUCCUUAGGAUUUUCACCUCUUGACUUGCUGAAAGAGAAAUAUAAUGGAACACAUUCAAUAAUUGCGUUGGGAAGAGACUUGAUGUUUUUCCUCUUCAUUAAAAUGAAAUUGUACAUCAAGGUAGAUGGAAAUAGCCACCUUUUAAUCCCAGGUGAUGGAAGAUUUUAUGCCAAGUGAGCAAGAAGUGGCCUGAGAGAGAGUGCUAUGUUACAGCAGCACCAUUGGUAAUUUGUUUUGUGAUGAAAGCUGUCAGAUAAAAGGGCAGCUCCACCAAUUUUACACAUUAAAGUGUGUUUACAGGUCUCGGGGAGUACUACUGCUUAUGUAAAAAGGAAAGAUGUAUAAAGCCUUUUGUGUUUUUAGAGGAGGCUGUGUGUAAUGGGAUGAAUAAAUUACCUCCCAGUAAUGUCUCUUGGUGGCAAGUUGCAUUGUGGGUAAUAUAGGUACCAGGUUUUGAAAUCACUGCACUCACUGUUGAAUUCAUUCUGGAGAGUUUAGAACCGAAUGAUCGACAUCGAUACGGCUGAAACAGAGAUAUCACCUUUCUCACUCCACGUGUUUCCGUGCAGAUUUCUCUUUUUAUUUUAAAGAUGUUUUUUAGAUGUGUUUGAUUGUAAAAGGGUAAAUGAAGGUAAAUACUUUAAAAUAAAUCUGUAAUUUGUACUUUGUGGAUAGAAAGACUCUGGAAAACAUUCAGGGACCUGUAAAGCUCUUUGCACUGUGCCAUUUCACAAAACACCUCAAAAGACUGAUUUUGAAACUUUUUAAACUAAAGUUGGUUCUAUAACUUCUAAUGAGAAGCCUUGUUGGACUUCCCUGUCCCCAAUUUGACCUGAAUUAUUAAUGUUGUUUGUGUUUGUAUGUUUUUGCAGCUUCAUCUGGAGCCGCAAAAGGCUUUAAACUUUUGCACAUACGCAGUUGUACUCUCCAAGACCUUUAAACACACUGGGCGCUGACGUGGGGCCAUGUGAAGUGGCUACCAAGUGAAACCUACAUGAGUUAAUUUAAAUGUCAAGAAUACAGUUGAUGGUAGCACGUCACGAGGUGCUGUUGUGGAGGAGACAUCAUAAAAAGUGGAGAAUAGUAAACAGAAAUAUGCUGAAACACUAAAAAUGUAAAUUCAACUCAAAGGCCAUAUAUCACCGGGAAACAGCUAUUAAUCAUUGCCUGGCCACAGGCAGAGAAUAACCCUGGAACUAUAUUUUCAUAGGGACUUUAGAACUUUUUGUUCUGCAUAACUGAGGUCGGUGACCCUCUCCACACCUCCUGACUGUGUUACUUUAUUCAGCACACAUAUGGCAUCUUUGUUCUAUGCGGACCAUGCUGGAGUCUGUUUCACUUUGCUUGCACCACAUUUGUUUUGGUUUCCCUUUUUCCUGUAUUGCUUCCCUUUACCCGCUCUCUCAGGAUGUGUAAUGUUUCCUCUACAAACCAAUAAAUUGGUUGCAUGCGGUGUUAUUAUAAACUGCCAGCCUGACUGGAAAGGAAAAAAGGGCAAAAAAUCCUCCAGUGAACCUGCCUUUGUGCUUUAAUAGCAGCUUUGUUUUCAUAUCUGGUGCUGUUAAAUUGUCUGUGUGAUAUAGUUUUCAGCUCAUAAUAACUAGGAUUUCAUUUAAUUUUUUAUUUUUAUUUUUUGCUAUCAUUGGCUUUAAAUGAGACGAUAAAUGUUGCUCUCAAAAUUGAAUCCAGUGAGUCUUUUCUAACAAAAUGCUCCUGCUGACGUUUGGGGAACGUUCUCAGGAGCCCAGGGGGAGGUAGAUGCUCGAAAAAAGUCUUUCUGGGAGGAGUCUCGCCUUUUUUUUCUUUCUUAUCCCUCCUCUCUCUCCCUCUUUUCCCAUUUUUUUUUUUUUUUUUUGGAUGACACGUGAAACUUUCCCGAGGACUUGGUUGGUGUGUGUGUUUCUUCGCUGCGUGUUGUUGCCGUGCGGCGCUGCUCCGUGAACUCGGCAGACAACCUGGCCUCUGGUGAAGUUGCUGCGCAGCGCAAUGGCUGCCCAGUGCGACACUUUAAGCGGAUACUUGCAGCAGCAGCAGUCGGACCAUGGCUCCAACAGCGAGCGCAGCACCGACUCCCCUCUCCCGGGAUCAGAGGAGGACCUGAGCGGACCCCAUCCGCUGCCCGACCCGGAGUGGACUGAGGAGAGGUUUCGGGUGGACCGCAAGAAGUUGGAAAUCAUGUUGUUGGCUGCCUCCGAGGGGAGAGUUAACGGCGGCGAGGAUUUCUUUCAGAAGAUCAUGGAUGAGACCCAAACGCAGAUAGCCUGGCCGUCCAAACUGAAAAUCGGUGCCAAGUCCAAAAAAGAUCCUCACAUCAAGGUGUGUGGGAAGAGGGAGAAUGUGAGGGAGGCCAAAGACAGAAUCAUGUCAGUCCUUGACACAAAGAGUAACAGGGUAACUCUGAAGAUGGACGUUUCCCACACGGAGCACUCCCACGUUAUUGGCAAAGGUGGCAACAACAUCAAGAGGGUGAUGGAGGAGACGGGCUGCCACAUCCAUUUCCCAGACUCCAACAGGAACAACCAGGCAGAGAAAAGCAACCAGGUGUCCAUCGCAGGGCAGCCCGGAGGAGUGGAGGCAGCUCGAGUAAAAAUAAGGGAGCUGCUCCCCCUCGUGCUGUCGUUCGAGCUUCCCGCCAUCAUGCAGUCCGACCCCAGCUCCCCCACCGUGCAGCACAUCUCGCAGACCUACAACCUCACAGUCUCCUUCAAGCCUCCGACCCGCCUCUACAGGGCGACGGGCGUGGUCCGCGGCUCACAGAACAACGCCAACGCCGUCAAGAGGGGCACAGCUCUGCUGCUGGAGCACCUGGCUGGCAGCCUGGCGAGCACCAUCUCCGUCACCACCCACCUGGACAUUGCGCCCCAGCACCACCUCUUCAUGAAGGGACGCAACGGCAGCAACAUCAAGCACAUCACCCAGAGAACGGGUGCACAGAUCCACUUCCCUGACCCCAACAGCCCGCAGAAGAAAUCCACAGUGUACAUUCAGGGCACCAUCGAAUCUGUCUGCCUGGCACGGCAGUACCUCAUGGGCUGCCUGCCUCUGGUAUUAAUGUUUGACAUUAAAGAGGACAUUGAGGUGGAGCCCCAGUGUAUCACGGCGCUCAUGGAGCAGCUGGAUGUCUUCAUCAGCAUCAAACCGAAGCCAAAACAGCCCAGCAAGUCUGUGAUAGUCAAAAGCGUGGAGAGGAACGCCGUGAACAUGUACGAAGCCCGGAAAUUCCUCCUGGGCCUGGAGAGCAACGGGGUGUCGUCCUCCUCGCCCUCCGUGGCGCUGAAUCCCGCCACCAACGGCCCGUCCCCGUCCCUCAUCUGCCCCGUUGGCCUGGACAUCCUGGCCUCAGCUGGCCUGGGGCUGAGCAAUCUGGGUUUCCUGGGUGCGACGGCGGCCCACUCCCUUGCCAACUCGGCUGCCCCGAACGCUGUCCUCAACAGCCUAAACUCCUCCAUGAGCCCCCUCCAGACCCCGAGCCCCAGCACCCCGGCGCCCUCCCCCUCCCUCUGGCCCAGUUCACUCACCAGCACCCAAGGCUUCUCCUCUCAGCUGAUGCUUCACCCGGCCACGCAGGCCACCCUGAGCAGCAUCCUGCUGUCCGGCGUGCAGGGUUACACACAGAGCACUCCGUCUCCUCCGCCCGGCCUCGCCCCCAUAGACAAGCAGCCCAACGGGGUCCCCGACUGCACCAAGGGCUCCUGCACUCUCAACGGACACGUCAAGCAUCCUGGCUCAGUCUACGGGAGGAUAGCAACUGCGUCACUUGCAGAGACUGUUUUGAGUCCAGCCCCGUGUGACUCGGUCCAGGAGGCCAGCGGACACAAUCCAUCAGAACCGCUGUCCAGCAAGUCCAGCCCAGAUGAAGGUUCUGACACAUUCGUGGAAGUGGGCAUGCCGAGGAGCCCCUCCCACUCCGCCAACGGGAGCGAGCUGAAACAGAUGCUGGCUUCGUGUAAGACGUCAUCGGGGAAACGACAGGCUGUGGAGCUCCUGCAGGGCACCAAGAACUCCCAUUUACACUCUGACUGUCUUCUCUCGGACGCUGAGUCCAGCUCGUCAGACAGUCCCGUGGCGGACAAGAGGGCACCGGGCAGCGAGCGAGCUGCUGAGAGGGCAGCGCAGCAGAACGAGAGGGAGAGAAUCAGACUGGCACCACAGACCUCCUUCGCCAACAUGCAGGCAUUUGACUAUGAGCAGAAAAAGCUCUUGGCCACCAAAGCUAUGUUAAAGAAGCCUGUGGUGACGGAGGUGCGGACCCCGACCAACACGUGGAGUGGACUGGGCUUCUCGAAGUCCAUGCCAGCUGAGACCAUCAAGGAGCUGCGGAGAGCCAAUCACGUUCCCUACAAGCCCAGCAUGAGCACCACUUACGAGGGUUCCCCGCUGUCCUUGUCUCGAUCCAGCAGCCGGGAAGGCAUCGGGAAUGGCAGUGACUCCGACAACUGGCGAGAGAGGAACGGCAACGGCCUGCCGAGUCACGCUGAGUUCCCCUCCACUGUCAGCAGCCCGAAGAGAAAGCAGAACAAAUCUGCUGCGGAGCAUUACCUCAGCAGCAGCAACUACAUGGACUGCAUCUCUUCGGUAACCGGCAGCAACGGCUGCAGCCUGAACUCGUCUCUGAAAGGCUCGGACCUGCCUGAGCUGUUCAGCAAGCUGGGCCUGGGGAAGUACACAGAUGUCUUCCAGCAACAAGAGAUCGACCUCCAGACAUUCCUGACUCUAACAGACCAGGACCUGAAGGAACUGGGCAUCACCACCUUUGGAGCCCGCAGGAAAAUGCUGCUCGCCAUCUCAGAACUAAACAAGAACCGGAGGAAGCUAUUUGAGCCACCCAUCAGGUCCUCCUUCCUGGAAGGGGGAGCGAGCGGCCGCCUCUCCCGACAGUUUCACGCAGACGUGGCCAGCAUCAGCGGGCGAUGGUAGACGCUGUCCAGGCCCAUCCCACAACCGUCCAUGAUGGAGACCUGCCUCCAGCAUCUUCCUGUGCCUCAGCAAACCCAGGUUUCAGUGGUCGUUUACCCUCUUUCAGCUCCAGCUGAAUUAAGACUGUUAAAAAUGUUGACGAUGCCAUAUAGUAUAAAUACAAAUGUAUUAAAAGAAAAAAAGCCAUAGUUUUACCUGAAGUGCCAACAAAAAAAAAAAGGGAAGGUUCAGUGUUCACUCUUCAUAGAGCCGUUGAGUCUAUGUGGAGCUUUUUCUAUAUGAAGGUCGUUCUGGUUCUGAAGAAAAGGGUACUGUCCAGUAUUUCUGUCCACUUUUUGUGCAAAGGGAACAGGCAGAAUGAUUAGUACAAUCAUUUUACACAUUGAUACUAGCUGCAUUCGCACUAUGCUGUUGUAUCAGUGACAUGCACUUUAAUAAUACUAGACUUUUGCCUGUGAGAGCCUUAAUUCCUUAGAUUGAAAUAAUAACUAUGCAUUUUUUUUUUUAUUAUUGACUAAAAAAGCACAGAUGCAUUUUGUACCAAACCAAAUGAAAAGCACUUAGAUUUAGGGGCGACGCCAAAAAUGAAGUGCAAACCUGUCAGCACGCCAAAGCGGUGACUUCAUCAACUUUAUCGCCAAAACCAAAGGGGGAGGCGUCAGGACGGCCUUUUGACCUUUUGGCUGCAUUGAGUGUUUUGAUUGGUGGACAUCCCUCCGAGGUCAGUGUCAGUGUCCAGCCGCAGUCUGUUUGUGUGUCUGUGUGUUUUCUAAACAAAAACAAACAAAAAAAAUCAACUAUUUUCUACUCAUUAUGCAUUAUGAUUUUAUUUUUAGUUUUUAUUACCAUUUUUAGGGGACUGGGUGGGGAUGUUUAACGGUAAUCAGUUUACAUAUGUAUUUUUUUAUACAUUAAUGAGUUUCUAUGAUUUUUGUAAGUAAAUUAGUAUCUUUUUACUUUGUUUUUUUUUUGUUUGUUUGUUUUGUUUUCCUGCCCUUUUGAUCUGUGGAGCCGUAAAUAUGGCAGUGCCAUUUAGACAGCAGCAGAGACCGGAGGCAGUGAGGCUCAGCUUUUAUAGGCCUCUCUCUGAUUGUGUCAACAGGCAUCUUUCUGUGGUUUUCCUUCUGUUUGUUUAUAGAACAUGGUCCUUUUUUUUUUUUUUUGUCUCAUCUGUUAUAUGUCAGUGUUGGGCCUCCCUGCGGCCCCUUCCAUGUGCCUUUAAAAAUCUCACAAAGCACUCCUCCAUGUAUCCGGACCAUCGGUCGCUACACUAGAACUACGUGCCUCUUAUUUUUUUAUUUUUUUUCGUCUUCCUCUCCACUGGCUGUUCCACUUAGAGAGCAAAGAAAGACCUCGUAACAAAGCAGGGCCGUGCCUUUGUAGCCGAAAAAGUGCCAAUGUACAUACCUAGUUUUUCAGCAGGGAAAUAUUUCGUUAAGAACACUAAUAUUUUCGGUCCGACCGUAUCCUCCAGAGAGGAGGUGCAUCACACAAAGAAUCAGUGUGUUUACAGCCAAGUCGGUUCCUGCCAGGGACACAGAUAAAAUCCAAAGUCAUCAGAAGGACUGUGAGAUUUAAGAUCAAAAUAAACACAAAUUUUGGAGUUUUCUAGUAUCAGUGCAAUCUAAUAUCCAGAAAAAACCUGGCUAAGCAGUGUUUAAUGAAGUAGCAGCAGUGUUUAUCCUCAGAGCUUUUGUUUUUUUGUUUUUUUUCUGGGCUCCUGUAUUAUGUUCGGUCAUGUGUUUCUGCAAAGGGAAAUGUCCUUUUCCAACAGUUCAUUAACUUUCGGUUAACUCAACUGUUUUUUCCGUGUGUGAUGUUCUUCAGAUUUUUCCGAGGAUUUAGCUCACAAGCCGGUCCGUCUUCCAAAGGUCAUGAGCAUUUUGCAUCAAGUGCAAUUAAAUGCCUUUUUUUUUUCUUUUUUUUUUUUUGUAAAGUUUAUUUUUCUUUCCUGGAGAAACAAAUUGUUUAUAUUUGCAGUUUGAGAAGUAUAAAAGCUGCGACUGAAGGAUUUCUUAUCUUGGUUUCAUUGAGAGUCCAGUGUUUGAAAUCUCUUCGGUAUACAGAGGACGCUUCUGAGAAAUUGUCACAUUUCAUCUCGACAGGUUUAACCAUGACAUGACAGAAAGUAGCAGCAGUCCUUCCAUUCAGUGAUUCUCUCUAAGGUGCCUUUGUUGUCAUGUUUUAACCACUUUCUUCCCUCCCUCGCAUCUGAUUUGAGCCAUUCUCAAUGUGGUUGUCAAGUAAAUAACACUACAGUAAGUAAUAUUCUGACAUGGUUGCCCAACGCCAACCAGGUAUUUGUCUUUUUUGUUUCGUUUUUUUUUCUUUUUUUUUUCUUCUAGAGUCUUAAGAAAAAGAGAUGAAGAGGAAGAAAGCUAAUAUAGUAAUAGGGAUUCUUUAUCCUGAGAGGAAACCCGGGGCCGGUUCGCCCCCACUCAUCAUGGUACUACAUUGAAACUGUUGAGCACUGAUCCCAGUGCUGUGACUCGUGUUCCUGCCUAGCAGACAUUUGUUUUCAUCCUUCGCCUUUGUUCGGAUGUGUUUGCUCGGAGGGCAGAAGAGGUUCUUGUCUUAUCAAGUGAAUGUUGUUUAAAAAGAAAAAAAAAAUAAAGAAGUAUUGAUCCAUGUUAUUGCAGAUUUAUUACGGAUCAUUGAAGGGACUCAAGUCAAAACGUUUACCGCCAGCGUGUCUCGUCUUUGCCCUUGAUUGAAUAGUUUCCCAAUUAUGUCUUUUGAUUUGUUGUAUUAGUCAUAUUGUUGUUCCCAAAGGGAUUUGUUUGUACUGCAAUCAAAUGGUACAUUUAUAAUAAAUGUAAACCACUAAGGAAACAAUGUAACACAUAACUUUUGUACAAAUCUUACAUCUUAUACUGCCGUUGUUUUUGUGUGAGAAAGGUACAAAGUUCCAGAGAAGAAUUUGUGUAUAAACAUUGCCGUGUUGCCAAAGCUCUGUUCACUGUGGCGUCCGUUGUUAUUCAAACUGUAUUGCAGUACAGAUAUAAACAGGACUUUUUUGGAGAAACUGUCAAGCAGGCAAAAAAAAAAAGAAAUUGUUUGUUCAAACAUUCAAAUGAUAUUAUGAAGGUAAUAAAUGUAUGCAAACAAAGUCA